CUGAAAACACAAUUAUCUCUACUAUGUUGUGGACGGUGGGUUAUGAAUCAAGAAGGAGAUGAUGAGAUUUGCAAAAUUAGGGCUGAUACUUGGAUCUCGUUGAAGAGUUAGGAGAAUGGUCGGUUUGGUUUGGUGUAUUGUUUUUUUAAAAUGAUCUUGUGUAAAUUUUCAGGUGGAGGAGGCUAAAAGGGAUGUUUGGGGCGACAAAUCCCUAGAAAAAAAAACCCUGUUCGGAAAUGAAGAAUAUACUCCAAGUAAGAUGGGCCAAACGACUCCUAUAACAAAUAUUCAGAAAGCCCAAACCCAAGGACACAAAAGAGCCGUACGUCUCCAGGAUCUAAUUAAAAGCUGUAGUUAACAGUUCACACACCAUCAUCUUCUUCAUCCCACCUUUAUGUUUCGAUUAUAAAUAAAUAAGCCCUACACUACCCGCCCUAAAGAUGGGACUUAAACCAUUAUUUGUCACAGAUAUCCAUGGAUGAGCUUGGAGUAGUCAACAGGAAAGUGCAGCUUGCUGCGGUGGGUUUGGCCACGACCAUCAUCAUCAUGAUCAUAAUCAUGGCACCACCUUCGAGCGCAACCACGACUCACAUCACCAACAAGCUAAGCAGUGGGGUGCUGACGGCGCAUUGCGGGUCGAAAAAGGACGAUCUUGGCAACCACACUCUCGCCAUUGAUGAAGGCUUCGGCUGGAGCUUCGGGGAAACGUUUGGGACGCUCUUCUGGUGCGACCUCCAAUCGGAAGGCUAUGGCCUUCAUUUCGACGCGUACGAUGGAGGGCACCCCUACAGGUUCUGAAAAAACUAUGGUGGAAGUGUUUGAAGAAUGCAAGAUUGUUUCUCUGCUUCUUAGUUCAUUUCAUUACAAUGAGUCUUCAUUUAUACAGCUUACAAACGUGAUAAUGUACAGUACAAGACAUGAGUAAUAAAUGUGGCUGGUGUGU